GUCACGUGACCGCUUAUUCUCGUUGCCUCUGAAAAGGUCUUUGCAGAAGUGAAAGAGCUUAGCAGUAUACUGCCAAAAAGUCAUGCACGCUUAGAAACAUGCCGAGGUGCGGGAAAGAGGGAGAGGCUUAAGGCAGUGCCAGUGAGCUGAGGGGGAGAGAGAGAGAGAGAGAGCGACCAACAUCUGAAAGCCUAAAUGAGCCAGAGGAUGGAAGACCAGGUGAGGAUCCCACCUGGGGCGACGGGACUUUACAGAGCAAUGCUAGUCAAAUCAGGUAAGUGCAAACAUGAGGGUGCUUUCUGAGCAGCACAGUGCAAGAUAUCUAUAUGACACUGGGUUUGUAGCAGAGCAGGCACACACCCACACCUAUUUUCUUUGACAACAGGGAUUGUAGAUCUCACACUGCCUAGGAAUUUCUCUCUUGGAUUGCAGAAUCCCUAUUGUAUACGAAUGGGUCCCCCUUUUGUUUCUCGUCGUCCACUGAAUUUCGCUAUCCUGAGAUGUCCGAUUUUGGUGGCAGAUUCUUUUAAAUCUUUCUCAGCUGCAGAAGAUUUCGCUGUGCAUAGUUGUAGCUUGAAAACUUAUCAGGCUAAUUGCAUUUAAAAAGAUAUUUUCUUUCUUUCUUUCUUUCUUUCUUUCUUUCUUUCUUUCUUUCUGGAAGACUGCCAGCAAAUAAACCCUUGCUGAACUUUCUGUGACAAUUUGCUCUGCGCUGUCAGCUGGGACUGAGGGAGUGAACCCUGUUUCUGCGAGGUGUCUAGUUAAUUAUCUAAUUAAUGAUGACGCGAUGUUGCAAAUCGGUAGUUUUUGUAUUGUUCCCGGACACCCGUCACCGCUUAGCAAAAGUAAAUAGUUGUUUUGAUCAUUUAGAUUACAUAGUAUUUCUUCAUAUUGAGUAUAUCGUAUCAGCAGGACUGGAGAGAUUCGUUUUAUACUCUUUAGAGGUGGGGAAUCAAUAUUGCUGCACUGCUUCGUUGCAGUUAUAUCUUUAGAAAAAUAUUGCUGGCUACUGGAGUGGUUUUGGUGAACAGUAGCAUGCUUGACAUUUCAGAGAGGCAUUUAAAAUCAUUCACUGUGUUAACUCAUCAGGGGAAGGAGAAAUAUGUAACUUGGCGUGUUUAUAUGACUGCAGUCUUUUAGACCUUUCUUUUCCCAGAGAAGAUGGAGCUCCGACUCACUUAAAUAGGAAGUUGGAUUGCACCUGUAUUAGCUAAGGGUGGGUUCCCAUGUGCAUAAGCUGGUUUAGCCAGGUGCAUGUGCAACAGAGUUUAAUCUUCCUUUACCUCGAGAUCUGAUAAGGAGUAAGGACGAUGACCCAAGAUGAAGUCAGCCUCAGUUUCCAGACGCCUUGCUGCAUUAUGAAUACGGGCAAAUUAGAUGUAGUUAAUUAUUUAAUGUUUCACAUGCGGACCACACAAAGGGGGCUUGGCCCUUCCUUCGGGAGCUUUUGUUCCUGAAAAAAAAGGGCAUCGCCUGACAUUCGGGUGAGUGACGGGAGAGCAAAUGGUGUCCCGUCAAAAGUUAUGCUCAGUUUUUUUGCUGGCAGAUAACAGGCAUGGUGUGGGAAUCUCUGCACAAGCCAAACUCCCACAAGCUGCUGAAGCAAAAGCUCUGUGAUUAAAGGAAUAGUUCAGAGUCACUGUUGGCUUAAAUGGGCAUAUCGUGCGAGAAGUUUGGAGAUGAUUGGAUAGGCAAUUAAUUGCAGAGACAGUUGGUAGAAAAGAAUUAAGGGUCACCAAGGUUUGCAUCAGCCUACCUAAUCCCCAAACUCAUGCGACUCCAUGCCUACAAGAAAUUCCUUAUUCAGGGAAUUAGGAAGAGGAGUGAAUGUACUUGCACAGGGCUGCCCUAGAAUUGAAGUGGUCAGGGAAACCUAUGCAUGUAGGAACUCUUCUGUACACACUGAAAAGCACGUAAAGCUUUGGCCUGGAGUCCAUGUAGCUCAGUUCACAAGCGUGGAAUCUGGUUCCUCAUUCAGUAUCUGUCCUGAAAAUCAAAGCUUUGGUUUUUUGUUUGUUUUUUUUUAAAGAAAAAGAACCAAGGUCCUAGACCUCAUGAUUGCAAAUAAAUCUUGGGCAUGGUACAGUGGUACCUCAGGUUAAGUACUUAAUUCAUUCCGGAGGUCCAUUCUUAACCUGAAACUGUUCUUAACCUGAAGCACCACUUUAGCUAAUGGGGCCUCCCGCUGUCGCUGCGCGAUUUCUGUUCUCAUCCUGAAGCAAAGUUCUUAACCCGAGGUACUAUUUCUGGGUUAGUGGAGUCUGUAACCUGAAGCGUAUGUAACCUGAGGUACCAACUGUAUUUGAUUAGCAAAUACUCCAAAAUUAGAGUAGGAAUGUACCUUAGGAGACAAGGCAUUAACAGUUUCUCCUAGCCUUUAUCAGGCUGAGUAUACAAGGUACAUUUAAAGCACAUGUAUCUCCCCCCCUUCAAAGAAUCAUGGGAGCUGUAGUUUAUCCCUCGCAGAGCUACAACUCCGAUCACCCUUAACAAACUCUCCCCAUAGGUUAUAGUGGCAAAUUACCUCAGUCCCCAUCCAGUCAUCCCAUCGCUUUUCAAAAUAAAUAAAAAAGCUCAAAAUGUUGGCUGUGCAACAAGGUAAGUAAACAAAAGAAGAAGUAAAUUUAUGCAAGUGUUCUUAAUUUGCAAAAUUUAAUGGGGACAAAAACUCCAGGUUGCAAUUCUGUUCGUCAUCAUCAUCAUUAUUUAUUAAAUUUGUAUACCACCUUUCUUCUGAAGAUCACAGGACAGUUUACAACAUAAAAAAAAAAUACAAAAUACAUAGCAUAAUAACAACAACCCCCACCCACAAACACAUUUAAAAGGCCAUAUAUGAUUUAAUCAGCCAAGGCCCUGCAUGAAAAGCAGUAUUUUCACCUGAUGCCUAACUUUUUGUAACUUUUGAGCAUUUGCAAACUCCUCCGUGUUCACAGAUUCUUUUGCUCGCAGAAUACAGCGGUUCCCCACCCGUGUUCCAAACCUCCUACCAGCUUCUCGCCUCUCUCCAGCACAACCCUGCGAUCUUCUAUAUCUCCGUUUCCAAAACAGGACCACGGGGCAUCCAGCUGCCAGAGGUCUGGUUGCAAAGGUUGCGUCCAUUGCAUGCAGCCUAAUUAAGAGACUAAAAAGGGCCCCGUUUCUGGAUCAUACAAAAGGCCCAUCAAUUCCACCGUACAGUUCCCCACACGGUUGCCAAUUAGAUACCGCUGGGAAGCCCUCAAGCUCUUGCCGGCCGUUGCUUCCCACUGAGUGAUAUACUAACUCUGAAAAUGGAGGUUGCAUUUUGCCGCUGCGACUGACAGCCACCGAUAGACCCAUCCUCCUCCUCCUCCACCACACAUGUGUCUUAUCCCCCUUUAUAGCCAUCCAAGCUAGUCACCAGCAGCAGCAAAUUCUGUACAUUAAUUUGAAGGAAACAGGGCAACGUCAGACGUUGCCUUAUAGCUCAAUAUUGCCCACGCUGACUGGCAGUGGGCAUACCUGAAGGAGCGUCUCCACCCCCAACAUUCAGCCCGGACACUGAGGUCCAGCGCCGAGGGCCUCCUGGCGGUUCCCUCAUUGCGAGAAGUGAGGUUACAGGGAACCAGGCAGAGGGCCUUCUCGGUAGUGGCACCCGCCCUGUGGAACACCCUCCCUUCAGAUGUGAAGGAAAUAAACAGCUAUCUUCUCUUUAAAAGACAUCUGAAGGCAGCCCUGUUUAGGGAAGUUUUUAAUAUUUAAUACUGUAUUGUUUUUAACACUUGAUUGGAAGCCGCCCAGAGUGGCUGGGGAAACUCAGCCAGAUGGACGGGGUACCAAUAAUAAAUUAUUAUUAUUAUUAUUAUUAUUAUUAUUAGGCAGCUUUCCAGGGAUCCAGCCAGGAUUUCCCCAGACUUCCUCACCUGGAGAUGCCAGGGAUUGAACCUUUUUCAUGCAAGGCAAAUGCUGUACCACUGAGCCACACAGUCUCUAUAAAAUAUUUCCACGUUAAUAAUAAUAAUAGUAAUAAUAAUUUAUUGGUACCCUGUCCAUCGGGCUGGGUUUCCUCAGCCACUCUGGGCAGCUUCCAACAAAGAUUCAAAAUACAUUAAAAUGUCACACAUUAAAAACUUCCCUAAACAGGUCUGCCUUCAAAUGUCUUCUAAAAGUCAGAUAGUUGUUUAUUUCCUUGACAUCUGAUGGGAGGGUGUUCCACAAGGCGGGUGCCACUACCAAGAAGGCCCUCUGCCUGGUUCCCUGUAGCUUUGCUUCUCAUAGUGAGGGAACCGCCAGAAGGCCCUCGGAGCUGGACCUCAGUCUCUGGGAUGAACAAUGGGGGUGGAGAUGCUUCUUCAGGUAUAAGGGGCUCGCCAUGCAGAUCAAGGGAUAUCUGCCAUGUCACCCUAGGGAUGGGGCUUUUAUUGUUUUUGUUUGUUUGUUUUGCUACUUUUAAUGAUGUGGGGGGAAUUGUCCUUUUUCCUCUGUAUGUUAAGAUCAUGUUAAGACCUUCAGGUGGCAGCCCUAAUCAGAUAAUGUGGUGAUAAGCAGAAGUGGGGGAAGAGCAGGUUCAAGGAAAGGAGGCUGAGGCAGAAUGUCUUGGCCUGUGGUGUGUGUUAGUUCCGCUGUUCUGUGCAUUCGCCGUCUGAGGUAAAGAAACGCUGUUACUUAUCCUCAGCCUUUGCUUUAAAAGGUCCACUGGUGCCAUCCAGAGACUACAACUCCCAUCAUUCCUGAGCAUUGGCCAUGCUGGCAGGGGCUGAUGGGAGCAGGGCCGUCUUAACCAUUGGCGCUAGGUGUGCACAGCACCCAGGCGCCGGGCUCUCAGGGGCGCCAGGCUGAGAGUCCAGGGCUGAGCAUUGCAUUCCAGGGAAGAGCCACUGACAGCCGAGCAGAGCCCGUCGGAGUGCCGCAGGCUCUUUUGCUGUGGGCGGCUCUUCCUCCAACACUCGCCCCCGAACUCACGCCAAGCCGCGCACAGCAGAAGAGCCCGCGGCGCUCCAAUGGGCUCUGCUCCGCUCAGCUGUUGGCUCUUGCCCCAGCUGCAUGACGGCUAACUGUUUCAGUGCAGUACCCAGAGCGCUGUAUAACGUUGUGGGCGCUGCAUGGCGCAUCCUGUUGCAUGCGCCAAGCUGUGGGUUUCUUUGCUGGCUUUUCCGCUGUCGGCGCACUCUCCCAGCGCCACCCAACGUGGGGUGCCAGCGUGAGAAUGCAAGUGGCAGCGGAGGAAACAUCUCCAGACGGGAUCUGCCGCACGCCAACAGUGCCGACGGCAGCAACAAAUCCCGAUGAAUAGGGGCAUGCGGAUCCCGUCCAGAGAUCUUUCCUCCACUGCCACUUGCAUUCUGGGUGGUGCUGGGAGCAUGCACAGACAGCAGAAAAGCCAGCAAAGGAACCCGCAGCUUGGCGCACGCAACAGGAUGCGUCUCAGAGCGCCCACAACGUUAAACGGCGCUCCGGGUGCUGUGCACACAGCCGCAACAGCCGCCAUGCAGCAGGGGAGGGUGAGGCAGCGGUGAACCCCACCAAACAGCAACCUAGGGGCGCAGGGCGGAUCUUUGCACCCCGGCGCCGCAAAAGCUUAAGACGGCUCUGGAUGGGAGUUGAAGUUCAACGAAAUCUGGAGGGCACCAGUUUGAAGACGGCUGUGGCGCAUUUCUGUUAGCGUGCCUAAGACAGGUGUGUUACUGAGGCACUAAAUCAAGCACAGAAUAUAAAGUAUGUCUCUGGCAGCAUACGCACCCUACCUUUAGAGCACAUGGCUUCCCCCAAAGAACACUGGGAACUGUAGUUUAGUCCUCACAGAGCUACAAUUCCCAACACCCUUAAAAAACUACAAUUCCCAGGAUACCUGGUGGAGAUGCGCUUUAAAUGUGCUUAAAAGUAUGGUUUGUACACAAGUUCAAUCUAACAAUGAGGCUGGGCAGGAGGUUGCCUAGAUUGCAGGUUAUUUCACAUUUCUCGCCUUCAAUAUUCUCAAAAAGGCAUUAAUAUUGAGGUUUGGGCAUUAUGAUGACUUUAAAAGCAAGGGGAUUAAUCGACUCUUCAGUUGGCAAACCACCCUAGCCCUAAUCUUUCAUUCAGAAAUCCGACUCUCUUCUUUGCUGGUCUGCGAAUACAAUAAGGCUGCAAUCCUAAACACGUUUUACUAGGCCGUAGGCCCCAUUGUACAAAGCACGUUGGCUUGCACUGUGGAAACUGCAAAGCAGAACCUUCAGAAACAAUGGGGGGGAUUGUGUGCUGUGAAGUUUUGCCUCUUUUGUGUCAGCUUGCGGAAUGGAAAUGAAAUAAAUUAUCAGCCACUCCUCAGCUACAUGAAAACUAUCUCUUGGCAUUUGGCUUUUUGACACAGUGGAAUGUGUAUCCUGUUUGCAGACUUGAAAACAUGUCAUAAGAGUCCAGAUGCACUUGGUGCCCCCAAAAUCAUAUGGGUUUUUAUCACCAGCCCCCCACAGUAACCCACUUGCCUGACCACGAAAUGUGGAAUUAAGGACCAGGGUCCUGCCUCUGACCACAUACUCAAAAUUUGAUUUUACUACCAAACUGGCCGCCUACCCAGUUGCAGCCCGUUAUGGAAAGGCCUUGGGGGAAAAGGGCCUCUCCAUCCUAGGCCAGUCUGUUUGGGAAUUCCCCCAACUGGUCGCAAAGGAAGGCAGGACAGCCCGUCAUCAGCUGGAAUUCAGGUUGGCCAAUCAUUGGCCAGAGAGGACAAGGCUUGAGUGAUGGACCAAAAUGAAGUCCUCACCAUCUUAAUUUAAAAGGGGGGGACACUGCCCUUUUUUCAUUUUGGCCAUCUCUGCCUUUAUUCAUUCAUUAAAUUUCCAUCAAAGGAUCCCAGGCUGGCAAACCUCAGAGCUGAAGGCAAUUAAAACAGAAUAUAGUUAAAAUAAAACAUAUUUAAAAUAUUUAGAACAUCUAUGAACGUUUAGAAACAAUCACAUACCCCCACCGUUACAAAUUUCACAGUUGCCAUGGCCUGUGUCUAUCAGCCGUCAAAUGCCUGGGUAAACAGGAAUGUUUUUAAAAACCACUUGGAGCCACUGCCAAGAAGACCCUGUCGCAGAGGAAAUCCAUCCAGGCCGUAACUUGAGGCAUCACCACCAAUAGGGCCUCUCCUGAUAGUUGUAGGGCCUGAGGUGGUUGAUAUUUAAACAAUCCAAUUUGCUAAUCUACUGCAAAUCCUUUAGAGAUCAGUCAGUAGAUCCUGAUCUACCCAUACCAUGGAGUGUGAGACUGAGCUGCUAACUAAACCAAUUAGGAGUAAGCUCCAUUGAAUUUAAUGGGAUUUACUUCUAAGUAUACAUGGUUAGUUAGGAUUGUGCUGUAAGUCAGCCAUUCCCGAUUGUACUGUAACUGAGUUGGGCUUCAGCAGACUUGUAAAAUAGGGAUAUUCUUCUACACCUUCAAAAUCUCCACAGUGCUUGGUAUUCCUGCUUUUCAAGAGGAGGUGAGGCACUGUCCUUCAUUCUCUCUCUCUCUUUUUAAGGCAUUAUUUCUAAAAUCCAUUUUAUUUGGACAAGGCUUUUUUGACAGAGUUCGAAAAAUAUCAGAUUUGGUCACCGAAACCUUGAAAAGGAGGAGGGAGAGUUCAAGUUGGCAUGGAAACCCUUUUGUAUUUAAUAUCUGUACUUUGGCAGGCAAAAUGCUACUUUUGUUUAAUGGCCCACUGUAAUGUCAGCUUCUUGGAAACACCAACUGUGUUAGUCAAGGAGAAAAGAUUCCAAGUCUCACUUCUCAGGGACGUAUAUUGUCUCUGUACUUGAAGUAAUGCCCCUUUCUCUGGAAAGUAACCUGAGAGCUUCAGUUUGCUGUUAAAGGAGAACUGGGGCGGCUGUUUCAGAAAGCACUAUUGCAAAGGGCUUUACGACAGCAUCCGCACGCCCUUUUCAGCCUCCAGAGACUGAAACAGGAGCAUGGGGAGUUGUCUUAAAGGCCUUCGCAAAAAUGGUAUUUGAAGCAGUUCCAGGCUUCUCCCUUAAGAGAGCAGGCAGGUACUGAUGGUGGGGGAGAGAAGGCUCCUUUCUCCUCUCUUGUCACCCACCUACCCACUUGCUUAAAGCAGAGCUGCUUCAAAGAGUGCUUUUGCAAAGAGCUUUAACGAGUAGGGGUAAAAUUCUGCUGCAUUGGCUGUUUCCUGCUGGGAACAUGGUAUGCAGCUAAUGCAGGACUAAACCCUGACCUCCCACCCAUAAACUGACCAGUGAUGUCAGCUGGCGGGCAGGUGGGUGUGGUUUGGGGGAAAUGGCCUUGCAGGCAAAAUUGGACCCAUUCUUGGGUAAGGAACGGCCUGUGGGAUGAUAGUUCCCCAUCCCUAGUAUACCGGAUAUCAGUGGAGGGACAGGGACUACUGGAGACAUGAAAAUAAACUAAAAAUUAACGGACUGCAUUCAAGAAGUUCAUUGACAAAGUUGUGCAACAAGAUUUUAAGGGGACCGACUUCCAAUUUAAGUUAUAUCAAAUGAAAUGGUCUUGAUUUUUGUCCAGUGGUGAUGUAUCGCCUCUCAGCGGGGGAAGUCCUUUUCCCUUUCUUUCUCUUCUUACAAAUAAUGGGGAAGAUGCUCUGUCAUAGCACUGUUUGCGCUGGGUAAUUCUGUUGGCAAUGAGGAGCACCACAGCCCUGGCUACUUAUUUUGGUUGCAGCUUUUUUUUAAGUAAGAAAAACUGUGAAAUAGUCUGUUGUUUCAUUUGAUGUGGUAAAUCCACUCCCUCCAAUAUGGUAAUUCACUCCAACGUUAGAAUUUCGCCUUUGAGGGCUACUUUGGCUUCACCCUCCUGAAGGCAUUAAAAAAUCGCUGUCCAAUUACUUUAGUUUAGCGCUAAUUUAAAUUGUGGCUUCAGGCAACACAGCAUAUAGCGCUGAGUUACCCAGCAACACCCUACGCUGUGGCCAAAACCCUUCAGCAUUGUUCAGUCACAAAUAAGCUCUGUUCAGCCAAGGUCCACUGAAAAAUUAAUUAAUAGCUUCCUCUUUGUAGCUUCUUGCCAUUCUGUUGCUUCCUGUUCAGUAUGACUGUGAGGAAUAAUGAUUAAGUACCUCUUAAUUAAUAAGCUCCUCCACUCCGGUAGAGCUUUGACUACAUCAUCUUCCAUUUCCCCCUUUUCUUAGGUAGCUAAAACAAUAUAAUUUUGCUACAAAAGAAAGAAAACAAAAUGGAAUAAAAGAAAGCCAGCCGUUAAAGCUUUUCCCUGCAGUGAACAGAACCUGCCUAAUUAAGGAGCAAUCAGUCACUUAUCGCCCAGCUAUGCUGAACAGGAAACAAUUAAAGGAGCAGAAACCAAGCUUUUAACUAAAGAAAAGUCUGCCCUAAAAAAUGUUAGCAUGAGAGACAAAGGAUGAAAUGGUGAAAACGGCAAUGAUCAAUUGGGCUAUAGAUGUGGGCCACAAAUAUAGAGUUAGAUUUGUGGGGGAAGCUACGGCGUGCUAUGGCUCUUAAGGAAAAUUAUUGGGAAAUGAUUUACAGGUGGUACCUGUCGCCAAAUGAAUUAGCGAAAAUGUAUAAGUCAGACUCAGGUAAAUAUUGGAAGUGUACAGGUACAGAUGGAACCUUUUGUCACAUGUGGUGGACCUGUAGAGUACUUAAAUAAUAUCGGGAAAUGAUAUGAAAUGAAUUGAAAAAAUUGUUUCGGAAGACCUUUCCAAAGAUGCCAUCCUGUUAGGAAUAAUGAGGUCCAAGGUACCAAGUAAACAAACAAAUUUGUUUAUGUAUGCCACUACAGCAGCGAGAAUACUAUAUGCACGAAAACGGAGAGAGGAGAUCGUACCUACGAAGGAGGAGUGGCAGAUGAAAUGGAAUACGCAGAAUUAGCAAGAAGAGGAAAGAUUUAAAGAGGAAUGGAAGCCAUUUGUAGACUACCUAAAAUACCAUUGUAAAAAUGUUAGAGCUUUAGUCGGUUUGGAGUAAGCUCAGCAGUUAUAGCUUAUACAGUGGUACCUCGGGUUAAGUACUUAAUUUGUUCCGGAGGUCCGUACUUAACCUGAAACUGUUCUUAACCUGAAGCACCACUUUAGCUAAUGGGGCCUCCUGCUGCUGCCGCGCCGCCGGAGCCCAAUUUCUGUUCUCAUCCUGAAGAAAAGUUCUUAACCUGAAGCACUAUUUCUGGGUUAGCAGAGUCUGUAACCUGAAGCGUAUGUAACCUGAGGUACCACUGUAAUGAGAAGAAUUUGAAUGUUUAAAUAGUUAGAAAAAAUAGAAUAUGCAACAGGAAUGGGAAACUUAGGGAGCCAUGGAAGGAUGGACAGGAAGUCGAUGGAAUAGAAUAAUGGAUUGACGUAAUGUAUCUAUUGUUUCUUCUCCAAUUCUGUAUUUUGUACUCUUAUGAAUUCAUAAAUAAAUAAAACAGUCAGCAGCGCUUUGAUACUGGACAGACUGGGUUGCAAUUACAUUUUGUUGUGGGAGAAACAUGGAAGGAAAGCAUACAUUGUGGGAAGAGCUGUAGCUCAGGGAUAGAGCAGUUGCUUUGCAUCCAGAAGGUCCCAGGUUCAAUGCCCGGCUUCCUCAGGAAGGACUGGGAAGAAAGCUGCCAGUCAGUGUAGACCAGGCAUCCCCAACCUUCGGCCCUCCAGAUGUUUUGGACUACAAUUCCCAUCAUCCCUGACUUCUGGUCCUGUUAGCUAAUAAUAAUAAUAAUAAAAUUUUAUUUAUACCACACCCUUCCUGGUUCAAAAACCGGGCUCAGGGCGGCUAACAACAAAUUUAAAACACUUAAUUAUAAAAGCAGCAUAAAAUACAGUAUAAAAACAUGAAUAACAAUAAAAUUCAAAAAUCAAUUUAGGGGAAAUAAGCAUUAGAUAAUCCCCAGGGCUAGCUGGCUGAAUUGGUCCUACUUGGGCCAGCGAGGAGACCAGGGGAGAAUUAGCUGUGGUGUGCAGGUGAUCUUCAUAAAAGGGGAGGGGGAGGGAAGGGAAGGGAAAUAAAAGAUCAGGCUGAAUUCAAAUUAAAGGCCAGGCGGAAUAGCAUUGUCUUACAGGCCCGAUGGAAGGAGGUUGAAUCCUGAAGGGCCCUAGUCUCAUGGGACAGAGCAUUCCACCAGGUCGGAGCCAUCACUGAAAAGGCCCUGGCCCUGGUGGAGGAUAGUCUGACUUCCUUAGGGCCCGGGACCUCUAAACUAUGGUUAUUCAUGGACCCCCUAAGCCACAAAUGGAUCAUGGGAGUUGUAGGCCAAAACAUCUGGAGAACCGCAGGUUGGGGGUAGACAGUACUGAGCUAAAGGGAUCGCCAGUAUGACAUAAGACAUCAUCCUAUGCUCCUAAAGCAGUGGAAAUGCAAUUUGACGGCCAUGAUGUGUUCUGGAUUCUCCGUUAAAAAAGUUGAGUAAGCAAAAUAUAGCACUUCCAGAGAAAAGGUUAGUGUUGAAGCCACCUUCGUACCACAGUGCAAAAUCCUGGUCGGCAGCACAUUUCUAAAGAUAUUAGCAGAGCUGUCGGCAGUAUGGUUUAAUAGCUGAAAGUAUCAGAGGAAUUGAUCGUCCUCCUAAUUAAGAAAGAUUUAAAGAAGUGGUGCUUUUAGCUUGGAUAAAAAACAUCUAUUGAUGGAUAUGAAAGAUUUAGGAGAUCAAGAAUUAAAUUCCCAGGUAUCAGAAAAAGGUUAUUUAUGUAUGCAACAACUGCGGCCCGUGUUUCAUUAGUCCCAAAAUGGAAAAUGAGCAAGGUCCCAACUAAAGAAGAAUUGAAACUUCAAGUUGACAGAAUACGCACAACUUGCAGACUUAACAUAUAGAAUAAGAGAACAAGAAGAGCAUACGUUUAAAGAAGAUUGGAAAACGUUUGUCGAAUAUAUGGGAAAUAAUUGUGUACAGCUGAAAACGCUGGCAGCCUUAAAUUCAACAGUGUAAAUAAGUUGUGUAAUAAUGGAAAACCAAUUGGUAUAGUUUUUGUAAAAUAUGCAGGGAUAUAAGAUAUGCAAAAUGAACCAUGGAAAGAGAAGAAGGGAGGUCAUUGAUAUCUUAAGUAUGUAAAAAUUUUAUCUGAAAUUGUAAAACAGAAAAUUUAAUAAAAAUUGUAUUUAUUUCUUUUUAAAAAGAAUGGUGUAGAAAAUUUGCUUAGGGAACAUUUUUCAUCCUCUGUCAAAGCACAAGAACUUGCACUCACUUAAUAGAAUUAAUAGGCAACAGCUUUAAGCAAAUGUCAAUGCUUCUUUAUGCAGCCUAUUUUUAUCUUGCCACAAAACAUGGAAGUGGCCUUUUUAGAGUGAUGCUUCUUUUUAGAAGGCUGGGGGGAAAAUAAGGUUCUAAUUUUUUUAUUUUUUUAUUUUUUUAUUUUUAAUUGAAUUAUCUGCUGUCAGUCUGCCAUCAGCAGUAUCCUGGGCUGUUCCUCACAACUGUGGAGAAGCAGUUGCUGUGACAUCAUCACUCAUGGGUUGGGUUUGAGCACAACCCUUCUAAUGCCUCAGUAUAUAAAUAUGUAGGGACGUGGGUGGCGCUGUGGUCUAAACCACUGAGCCUCUUGGGCUUGCCGAUCGGAAGGUCGGCGGUUCGAAUCCCCGCAACGGAGUGAGCUCCCGUUGCUCUGUCCCAGCUCCUGCCAACCUAGCAGUUUGAAAUCACGCCAGUGCAAGUAGAUAAAUAGGUACCGCUCCAGCGGGAAGGUAAACGGUGUUUCUGUGCACUCUGGUUUCCGUCACAGUGUCCCGUUGCACCAGAAGUGGUUUAGUCAUGCUGGCCACAUGACCCGGAAAGCUGUCUGUGGACAAACACCGGCUCCUUCGGCCUGAAAGCGAAAUGAGGGCCGCAACCCCAUAGUCGCCUUUGACUGGACUUAACCAUCCAGGCGUCCUUUACCUUUUUUACCUAUAUAAAUAUUUGUGUGGCAGCAUGCAGAGGUUGAAUUUGAUUCAGGGCAGUGUGCAGCUGCCUUGCCAUGGUCUGAUUUUCCUGAAAACUCAGCACAGGCCAAAGACUCGGCCACACUGAGUGGUUCUUGACCAGAACACUUGGAUGUGCACAUGUGCUGAGAGAACUGCAUUGGCCGCCAAUCAGCUAUUGGGCCAUGUUCCGGGCCUUGUUGCUAACAAAUAAAAGGCUCUGAACAGCUUUGGGGCCAGGUUACCUGAAAGAUUACCUGCCCCUGUAUUGACCUGCAUCAAUCUGUAUUAGUCUGACCCUCCUUGUCAGAUCUUCCUUCCCUAGCAGAGAUCGUUCACAUUUUAAAAUGCUUCCCACCCCACCCCCACUUCUCCUCCAGUUGCCAUGGAGUCUAAAACAUUACCAAAUACCCCAAACAGAUUGUAAAUGAUUGCCAGUGUGACUAAUCUAAUUCUGUCAGAUGUGGUCUUAAGACUAGUUUGAACUGCAAUGGGUUUGGCUAUCUCUCAGCAUAGAGAUCAGCAUCGCCAGCUGCCCUGAUUUUACUCUUAUGAGACAGGUGUGUAACAAGAAGGUGUUGCUGCCAUCUUGGUCCGAGAGACCACGAGAUGCCAAGUAAGAGAGGUCAUUGAUAGAUCUGUUAUUGGAUUUAACAUUCAUUGGUGAAAAGGAAGGUAGGGCUGUUAUAUUAGGAAAUAAGGGACUCGGCUAUACAACUGCAAAUGAAAAGUUUUGAAUGCGUUGUAAAGUGCAAUAUACAAUUGUGACACCAGAUGGCGAAUGUGAGUUAUAGCAAAUUCAAUGAAUUUUUCAAAACGGUUUUUUUAAAAAAAAACCAUUUCACAAUGUUUUUAACGUGUGUGUAGAUCCCACCCCAAACUGCGGAAUGCUUUGUACACUGAAAAGUGCUGUAGUAGGAAUAACGUUGCUCCUUUUGAAAAGCAAAAGUGAACGAGGGAACAACAAGGUUUUCAAGUUUGUCGGUAAGUGAUCAGAAGAGGGGAAAUCAGAGAAAGAGGAAAAUAAUCAAGCAGAGAUUGGACGCAGCUUCCCUUUUCUUUGUUGGGCGUUCCUACUUCAUGCUAGCUGUUUCUUUGCAAGAUCGUCUGCAUUCUAAAGCUAAACGUUGCAUUUUAUCAGCCCAAAGGUCGUGUGCUGAAGCUCAUUAUGUUUGCAAGCUGAACUGUCACUGAAAUCAGUGAAGCUGACUUCAAGGGAGUCGUGCAUAGGAUUACAGCCACACUGAUCCUAAUAAAUGGGGUAUUAUUGUGUACUGCUACUCUUUGGUGUAUGUGUGUACAUAUACAUACAGUAGACCUACAGAGCUGGCGGCAUUUCUGGACUCUCCUCGGGGACGUCAUAAUGAGCUUCUGCACUUCAAAAUGCCCCACUACUCCAUGGCCUAAUGAUGUUGCCUUGUGGUUAAGGGCAGAAGCUAUCAAGAGGAAGUUCCGGAUCCAGGUGUAAGAUUCAAAAUGUUGAUGACUACAAAAAAAUGCCAAGAUCCUAGUUAUUGAGUACUAUGUGUCUUGUUAGCUUUGCCACGUCAAUAUUCAGAAACUGUUCCCUUUGUUUCCAGAGAGAACCUUCCUUAUGAAGUUCAUGUUUCUGCAAGGUGAGGUCCAGCAAAAACCUGCUAUACCUCUCCUUUUUGUAAAUAUUUGUCUGAAACUCACUCAGCUUGUUGAAGUAUGUUCAUGCUUCAGUCACUCUGUGCUCUGCACUGAUCCAUACAAUCUUUCUGGCAAUCCUUCUGAGCUGUCUCCAGGUCAAGAUUCUGCUCUCCGUCAAGCCAGGCACCUGGUAAUGUUUGCAAGUGCACCGUGCUCUGCGUGCUGCUCAGUGCCGGCCCUACUAUCGGGCAGGAUGAGGUGGCCCCCUCAGGCAGCAGGUGUUGGGGAGCAAGGCAGUGUUGAGGGUGUUGGGGGACAGGUCUGUUUUUUCCACGCAGACUGUCUGCACCCUCUAAGCCAGCCUGCUGCCCUCAGGUAUGGUGGGAGAUAUGCUGUCCUGUUACCAGCAUUGAAAUAAGAUUCAACCGGCCGUCCAGUCAGCUUCUGUACAUGGAAUAGGAGGAAGGGCGCCAUCUUGCCUUUUGCCACAGGCGGCAAAAUGUCUUGAGCCAGCCUUGGUACUGCUGCACAAGACAAAAGCCACUAUUAUUCUCAAAGGCCGAGGUGGGAAACUUCUUUAGUCCAGCAAGCCUGAUCCUUAUCUGCCCCCCCCCCCAUAGGCCAGCUCUGGCAAAUGGGCAGGACAAUCCACCUGUCAAUCACUUGAUGUCAUCACGAUAUUGGCAGGUGGUUUGUCCUAUCAAAGCCCCUUGUUCGGCUCUCCCCAAGUGUCUGGCAGUGCCUUGGUUUUCGGGCACUUACGAACCAUAGAGCAAGGAGAUUUGACAGCCAUCUGUCAGAUGUUUGGGAAGCAGCAUGCAAAGAGCACAGGAGUGGCUUUCAGCAAGUGUUGAAAAGUGUGCACUCUUUCACACAAGCCCUUGUACUUGUGUAGAGACGGCUUGUGCCUGCGUUCAGUGUAAUGUGUGAACAAGCCUUUUGUUUCCGAUUUUGGCCAGAGCAAGGAGGAGCUCCCGACCCCAGUCUGGAGAUACCUUCCUGUCUACUCAUUGCCAUCGAUUUCUUUGGUUUCGAACAUUCUGGGAUGUCGGCAAAUUAAUUCAGCCCGUCUUUGUGAGAACAAAGUCCAGUCCUCUUCAGUGAGGAGCUCAGGGGUUACGUAAGAGUGAGAGGGAUGAAUAACGAUCAGAGGCUGUUCCUUUCUCCUGACAGAUUGCCCAGGAACUGGCGUCUCCCUGCUCCUCUCAUUUUACACUCAAAUAUCCAAGUGGGAACACUUGUUUGUCACAAAGGCCGCGGGAUCGCAAAACAAAAGGCUCUCCAGCUUCUCAUUUUCCUUUACUUUAGAGGGCAAAUUAAAUAGGUUUUCAAGGUUGUUUCUUUCUUCUGCGGCCUCCAACGUUUCAAAAAAUUCAUUUCAGUGUGACAAGUGGAGAGGUUUUGGGGGGAGUCAACAACCAUUGGAUAUCAAAGCCAGUGUAUGACUUCAGCAAGAGCAUUUUAUGUGGUAAAGGGACUUUCAUAAACCAGAGAGGCAGUGUGGUGUAGUGAUUGGUGCAUCAGACUCUGACUGGCAGAAACUUGGUCCAGAUCCCUACUCAGCCAUGAAGCUCACUGAGCGACUUUGGCCCUAUCACACAUCUCAACCCAACCUACCUCAGGGUGGGCAUGAGGAUGAAAGUGGGGUGGGGAGACUUAGGAACAUAGGGAGCUGCCUUAUGCUGAGUCAGACCAUUAGUCCACCAACCCCAGUAUUGUCUACACUGGCUGGCAGAGGCUCCUCAGGGUUUCAGACAGGUGUCUCUCCAAGCCCCACCUGGAGAUGCCAAGGACUAGACCUGGGACCUUUUGCUGAUGCUCUGACCAUGUGUGUCACCUUUUCCUUGGAACAAAGGUGGGAUAUAAAUGUUUUAACCACAUACAGUGGUACCUCGGGUUAAGAACUUAAUUCAUUCUGGAGGUCUGUUCUGAACCUGAAACUGUUCUUAACCUGAGGCAUCACUUCAGCUAACCUGAAGUGUCUGUAACCCGAGGUACCACUGUAUCGAUCUGGCAACGAACAGGCUCUAGGUUCUUCCCUGGUUUUGUAGCAGCUCCCAACAAAGUCCUCUGAGGGAAGAACGUGGGACUGAGCUGCUUGAUCUCACUGCACCCAUGAUGGAAACAUCCUUCCCAUAGAAUCAUAGUUGGAAGGGACUCUGAGGAUCAUCUAGUCCAAACCUCUGCAAUGCAGGAAUAUGCAGCUGUCCUUUAUGGGGAAUUGAACCAGCGACCUUGGCAUUAUCAGCACCACACUCUAACCAUCCAGGACCAUUGCUGGCAACUUGGUAGUCAUUUUGCAAUCAUUAUCAAAACUUGUGGGGUAGGUCAAUCUUAUGGCCAUCUUACAGAUGAGAAACUCAGGCUGGAGAUAACAAUGUAAUGCAGAAAGCAAGGUCUUGUGAAUAAUAAUAAUAAUUUAUUAUUUAUACCUCACCCAUCUGGCUGGGUUUCCCCAGUCACUCUGGGAGGCUCCCAACAGAAUAUUAAAAACACGAUAAAACAUCAAACUUUAAAAACUUCCCUAUACAGGGCUGCCUUCAGAUAUCUUCUAAAAGUCAGGUAGUUGUUUAUUUCAUUGACAUCUGAUGGGUGGGUGCCACCACCAAGAAGGCCCUCUACCUAGUUCCCUGUAACUUCGCUUCUCACAGUGAGGGAACCGCCAGAAGGCUCUUGGCACUGGAUCUCAGUGUCUGGGCAGAACAAUGGCAAUGGAGACGCUCCUUCAGGUAUACUGGGCUGAGGCCGUUUAGGGCAGGCUUCCUGAAACUCGGCCCUCCAGAUGUUUUUGGCCUACAACUCCCAUGAUCCCUAGCUAGCAGGACCAGUGGUCAGGGAUGAUGGGAAUUGUAGUCUCAAAACAUCUGAAGGGCCGAGUUUGAGGAAGCCUGGUUUAGGGCUUUAAAGGUCAGCACCAACAUUUUGAAUUGUGCUCAGAAACAUACUGGGAGCCAAUGUAGGUCUUUCAGGACCAGUCUCAUGGAGCUCUCCCUCCACUACCUGGCUUGUAGUAUUGCCAUAUAGCCUGCAAGGAAGCUUCCAGGUGACCUGUUCAUUGAACAUUCAUCCUGAACUGUUUUGGCAGGAAGUUCAGAUGAACUUGGCUAUUCAGUGAACAUCCAUUCUGACUUGCUGGUGGAGAUGUUAGACACCACUGCACCAAAGCAAGUUCAUUUCCCCAUCGCUUUGCUUAUCGCAAAAAUGAAACGAAACACAACCUUUUGGAGAAAUUAGUUUGCUGUGCAAAACCUCCCAGCCAACCCAAAUUUGCUGGCAUGUGACUGAACCCCACCUGAAAAUAGUGACAGUCUGGAUUCUGGAAUCACUCCAAGAUUCUUGCUUCCAAAGCUGUGGAAGAAGCAUUUAAAACCCACACACACUGUUUCUGAAAAUGUUGUACAAAGGAAAGAGCUGUUCCAACAAGGAUCAUUCUUAGAUAGGGAGCUGCGCUUUCCUGAGUACAGCAGGUGUUUCUUGUUUCAUAAGAGGCCAGGGUGAGCCGCAGGUCUGUGUCUCAACAACGGUGGUCAAGCUAGACAAAACUAGCCAGCCUCUCUUUCCCUGCUAGCCGAAUGGGGUUUGCGACUGCUGCAAAAUAAUUUGGUGCACGGAGCGGCUGGAUCCGCUACCCUGCAGCGUUUAAUUGCAGCAUUGAACUUUUAGCCCCAAUUAUGCUGAUGUAAUCAGUUGUGAUCUGUUUUUCUCCCCUUCCCUUGACCCCCCUGCCCCACCCCGGUGGGACGCUAGCCCAGUUAGCAUGCGAUGUAGCAGGAAGCCGCUUCAACACUGUGAAUUCUGUUUUUUUACCUAUAUGGGUUUUAUCAGGUUGUAAUUCACUUAACGCUGCCCUGCUUCUUCUUCUCUGAUCUCACUCUGACAUUUCCAACGUUUGGUACAAGCAUGCCCGGCAAUAUCACUAUGGCAUGCAGGGCGUAGACAGUCACAGAAGUGGGGGAAUGGGGCAGAAAGGUGGGGGGAAAUGGAGUUCGAGCUGAAUAUUUUAGGCAGCACAGCCCAAUGGUCAAGGAUGAAGGGAGUCGUUGGGGCUGCCAUGCAUCCGUAUUUUUCCAGACAUUGCCGGGAUGUCAAAGGCGGAAGUGACAUCUGGGGAAAUUUCUGGAAAGCUCAACAAUUUCGGGGUGUUUUAAGCUCAGCAAUUCUGGGUUCUUACUAAUGAAGAGCUCAACAACUUUCAGGGUGUCCUGGUUUUUUACUUUUUGAAAGAUGGCAGCCCUAGUAGUUGUAGCCCCGGCAUUUGCAGGGUACCAUGUCGUUGCCUGGACGCAGGUGGCGCAGUGGGUUAAACCACAGAGCCUAGGACUUGCCGAUCAGAAGGUUGGCGGUUCGAAUCCCCGCGACGGGGUGAGCUCCCGUUGCUUGGUCCCUGCUCCUGCCAACCUAGCAGUUCGGAAGCACGUCAAAGUGCAAGUAGAUAAAUAGGUACUGCUCUGGCGGGAAGGUAAACGGCGUUUCCGUGCGCUGCUCUGGUUCACCAGAAGCUGCUUAGUCAUGCUGGCCACAUGACCCGGAAGCUGUACGCCGGCUCCCUCAGCCAAUAAAGCGAGAUGAGUGCCGCAACCCCGGAGUCGGCGACGACUGGACCUAAUGGUCAGGGGUCCCUUUACUAUGCUGUUGCCUACCUUGCUGGAGGGUCACUCAAAGGACCACCACUCAUGCACUGAGGAAGGGAGUGGCACUGAGCCCGCCAGACCCACUCCCGCAGCACCCACAUUGCCAACCAGCUCUAGGGAUAUGGGGCCCAGUGCACACAAGCUGAGAGCAGGAGGACCUAAGAACGUAAGAAGACCUCUUCUGGAUCAGGUCAAUAUCGAGCAUCCUGUUCUCCUGUGUCUGUGGGAAGUCAGGGAGCAGGGCACGAGCUCAACAUCCCUCUGCCUGCCUGCAAUUCCCAGCCACUGGCCUUUAGAAGCGAAUUACCUCUGACAGUGGAACAUAGCCAUCAUGGCUAGUAGCCACGGAUAAAUCUCUUCCAUGCAAGGGGGAAUCCUGGACCAAUCAGGAUUCCCAUACCCUUGUAUGGGGGGGGGUGGAGCUCUAUGCGAAGGGAUGGUUGGUGAGCAAUGUGGCUCAUGUGUGCAAUGCCGGGAUACACAGCAAUUAUAUAUCACACAGAGAGAGAGAGGAGAGAGGGAGCUUUUUUCCCAGCCAGAACUCAGUUCUGGCACCUCUCAGGUGGACGCCAUUGCCAUUAUAAGAGAACAAGGGAGGUGUUCGUAGUGAGUUCCGGCACAUUCUUUCAAGAGCUGAGGGGAUCUGUGUGGAACUCUCCACACACAGAGUCAAAACAUGAGUUAGUCCUCCGAAAGCUUAGAGAGCUCAGUUCAAACGCCAUGUAAGAGGUCCAGUGGAAACUGCUUACAGUGGUACCUCUGGUUAAGAACUUAAUUCGUUCUGGAAGUCCGUUCUUAAGCUGAAACUGUUCUUAACCUGAAGCACCACUUUAGCUAACGGGGCCUCCUGCUGCCACCACACGAUUUCUGUUCUCAUCCUGAAGCAAAGUUCUUAACCCGAGGUAAUAUUUAUGGGUUAGCGGAGUCUGUAACCUGAAGCGUCUGUAACCCGAGGUACCACUGUACUUACUGUCAUGGAAUGACAUUGCUCAGGUAGUCUUUGUAAUCCGGAAGGGCACAGACUUGAGAUGAUUCAUAUAUACAGUAUAUAUCUGGAAGAAGAAGAAAUAAUAAUAAUAAUCCAGAGGCCUUCUUUCUUUCUUUCUCUCCUCCCCCCUCUUUCCCCCUCUCUCCUAGCAUCUAUGUAUACUGAAAUACAGAGAGAGAGGCCAGAUAUUGGGAAUAUCAUGACUCAUCCAGAUUACAUUGACGGAAACCCUGACCUUAUCAAACCUAAAAAGCUGCUCAACCCUGUAAGAGCCUCGAAAAGCCAUCAAGAACUUCACAGGGAGCUGCUUAUGAAUCACAAGAGGUGAGGAAAAAGAUCCAGCACAGCUGUUUACUGCACCCUAACCUCAAAGUGAGUAGAAUUAUGAACUAGGAAGAAGCAGCAGGUCCCGUGUCUAUGCACAGUUGUACCGCUGACCUGCAUAGUUGAUUCCACUUGUGAAAACUGGAAUAUGCCAUGUCCUUCCACAUCCCAGACUAUGGAUUGUUUUUCCUGUCAGGCCUUUGGCCUGUGAGCUGGGGGUUGGGGGGGAUAGAUUUUAAGAGUCUUUCUUAGAGCCUUAUUUUUUUGUAAAAAAUAUAAUUGCAGAAUAGAGGCCAGGAGUCAUAAUAAAGGGCAGGGAUUGGUGUGAAGCAAAUAGAUCCUUCCCUCCAAUUAGCCUGAGUCUCAUUGGGAAAUGGCACCUUUUGUAGCUUUUUCCCCCACAAGCCGCAAGGACUAUGAAGUUGCUCUGUUGAAUGAAAAAGAAAACUGACAUUUUAAGCACAGAAGCCUCCACGCACCCACAUCCGUGCUAGAACAGAGCUAUAUAGUCAUUUUGAACAGUUGUUGUUGUUGUUAUUUUAUUUUAUUUAUUUGUACCCCGCCCAUCUGGCUGGGUCUCCCCAGCCACUCUGGGCGGCUUCCAACAAAGAUUAAAAAUACAUUAAAAUGUCACACAUUAAAAACUUCCCUGAAGAGGGCUGCCUUCAGAUGUCUUCUAAAUGUCAGGUAGUUGUUUGUCUCUUUGACAUCUGAUGGGAGGGUGUUCUACAGGGCAGGUGCCACUACCGAGAAGGCCCUCUGCCUGCUUCCCUGUAGCUUUGCUUCUCACAGUGAGGGAACUGCCAGAAGGCCCUCGGCGCUGGACCUCAGCGUCCGGGCAGAACAAUGGGGGUGGAGACGCUCCUUCAGGUAUAUUGGGAGCAAUUAGGGUAGUAGACCAUAGCUGAGCAGUAGGGCAUGUGCUUUAUAAUGUUUAUAUGAAGAAAUUCCCUGGCGCCCCCGCUUUAAAGGAUCAGGUAGCAAGUGGCUCCUCCACAGACCCUGGUCUGCCCUUGCUAGUCAUGGAGCAAGAUGGGGAAAUAGAUGCACCUGCCAGGAUUCUGAUAAUCCAUGCCAGAUUCUGGAAUUCUAGCCCUGGAAUCAAUGUGAAUGUCUCCAUAACUAUUCCAAUUAGCACAGGUGGGCCUUUCCUUUUAAAAUUCAUCCAUCCUUACUCUUUCUUUUUCCCCCUUUUAACAUUCACCUGCUGGUUCAAUGCACUACAAUGUCCACAGCUCUUUUGUUUCUCUUAAAAAAAUAAAUAAAUCAUUAUUUAAAAUCACAAAGUCUGAGUGGACAUGCACUCCUACACCAGAGAAGCCUGCACACAAUUCAGGUCACGUUUCAUAAUCUCGCCUUGGGUUCUUGCAGCGUCAAUAGAGCCAGAAGAACGUCAGCUCCCGCCCGAGAUUUCCCCAAAACUCUCCGAAGAGGUACAUAUAUUUAUAGAUGAAAGGAAGACAGGGUUGCUUGCAAAGGUCCUCCUAGAUAAAAGGAAGCAGAAGAGCUGGUAAAUAUCCUGUCCGCUUCCAAGCCACAUCCGCUAGCAUUGUUUGUUUUAUGAAGCAUGAAUCUUGUUGGAAAAGUGCAGGCAGGGGGCAGUUAGGCUAUGGAGUGAGCUGUUCAGAUUGGAUAAUUAGCAUAUGUAUUUAUUCAUGCAUUCGUCCAUUUAUAAAUUUGUAUUCAACCUUUCAGGGCAAAAAAACAACAACACCCUCCCUAGCUGGCUUAGAACAAGAACAAUCAUUUGUGGUGGGUGGCUAGAAAAGAGCUGUAGCUCAGAGGUAGUGGGUCUGCUUUGAAUGCAGAAGAUUCCUGGUUCAGUCCCUGACAUUCCUGCCUAAAACUCUGGAGAGCUUCUGCCAGUCAAUGUAGGCAGUAUUGAGCUAAAUGAUCAGGACCGUCUUACCCAUAGGCACUAGGGGUGCUGGGCACCGGGGCACCGGGCUCUCAGGGCAUAGCUGUCAACUUACAGAUUUGAAAAUAAGGGACCAGCAACCUUGAAAUUAAGGGAUCAGCAGCCAAAAUAAGGGAUUUUCCAAGCACAGGUAUGUUCAACUUCUGAGCCCCUCCAAGCCAAAGGCAGAAAGCCCAGCCAGCAGCCAAACGAAGCCUCAAGCGGUGGUUCCCACAGCGCAGCAACCCAGCAAAGGGGAUGCAGCAAGGAAAACCACCGUCACCUCUCCGCUGGGAAGCGCUGAGCAAAGGCGAGUCCCCAGGCAAUGCGGCCGAUUUGAUUGGCACAAGGCAUGCAAGCUCCACCACCCUCCAGUCGUUCUUAGACUCCUUAUUGGGUGAGCAACGCAACCAAGCAACACAGUUGGAGCCUCCCUGGCCGCAGGGAGGGAGGGAGAGGAGCUGCUUCCUUUGAAACCCAGGAAAUUUAAGGGACAUCAUCAAUAAGGGACAGCAGCGGGACAUGGCGCUGGGAUAAGGGACUUUCCCGCCAAAUAAGGGACGGUUGACAGCUAUGUCUCAGGGGCACCAGGCUGAGAGUCCAGGGCCCAAAAGUUGAGUCCGGGGAAGAGCCUGCCCGUCGGUUGGGGCACCGCGGUGGGCUCAAACUCUGCACCACGAGUUUGGGGGUGACCGAGCCAGCGAGAUGCUGAGGCGGCCGGCCAGCUCCUCCCUCCUGCAUGCCUGCGACUGGGGAACCUGGGGAGGGGCACCAGGCGGAUCUUUGCACCCCGGCACCGCAUAUACUUAAGACAGCCCUGUAGAUGAUGGACCAAUGGCCUGGCUCAGUUUAAGGCAGCUUCCUAUGUUCCUCUGUAGAUUUAAGACAGCCCCCAAACCCAGAUUAUAAUGAUAGCAGCUAACAACCAGCAUGCUUACCUGUGGAGCGUGGAGCUCCUUUUAUUCCAUGCUGUGUGUAUCCUGCCUGCUUCCAUCUGAUAAGAUUAGGAUCUGGCACAGAAUUCAUCAUCUUCACAGUCUUAAUACCUACCUGCGCUGGAGGCGUAUUGGUUUGAAUACCAGUUUAAUUGUCGCAACAUCUUCGAAACGGUCUCAGUGCCCAUCUAAAUACAGCAGAGAUCUUGGAGAUCUGCAGUUGCCUCAGCAGGCAACAUACCAGAUCUGAAGGAAUCUGCAGAUCUGAAGGAAUCUGAUUCCUAUCUCCAGGUUGAAAAUCCAAGGCAAGUUAUUGAGUGCCCUCUACUUAGGAGCAGAUUUUUGCUCUCCUCUUCUGUGGGUCUUCAGCACUUGCUUUUAGCUGUACAGUGGUACCUUGGUUCUCAAACUUAAUCCGUUCCGGAAGUCCGUUCCAAAACCAAAGCGUUCCAAAACCAAGGCACGCUUUCCCAUAGAAAGUAAUGCAAAAUGGAUUAAUCCGUUCCAGACUUUUAAAAACAACCCCUAAAACAGCAAUUUAACAUGAAUUUUACUAUCUAACGAGACCAUUGAUCCAUAAAAUGAAAGCAAUAAUCAAUGUGCUGUACUAUAAAAUAAGUAAGAUAGUAUUGUAGAUGAUAAAAAUUACAGGUUUUUUUCCCUUGCCUGUACUGAUGAUAGUCAUUGUUUGUAUGGGGUUUUUUUAUCCAUUUCCACAGACACACAAUCAAUCAAACGGUAGCUGAACUGGGUUCCACACAGUCACAAAAACAAAUUAACCAGAAAAGCCUCAAAAACAAAAACGCAAAAUAAAUAGCAAAAACAAAAGCACCAAACUUAAUCCGUUCCGGAAGUCCGUUUGACAUCCAAAAUGUUCAAAAACCAAGGCUCAGCUUCUGAUUGGUGCAGGUGCCCUGGAAACAACAGCCGCAUCGGACGUUCAGCUUCCAAAAACUUUUGAAAACCGGAACACUUCCGGGCUUUUGGUGUUUGAGAACCAAGGUGUUUGAAAACCAAGGUACCACUGUAUAUAUUUAUUUCACAAGCUUGGACAUAGAAGGGGGCCUCUCUAAGAAUCCCAUCUACACUAUACUUUAAAAACCGUAUCAUACCUCUUUAUCCAGUCAGGGCUUUCUCCGAAGAAUCCUGGCAUCUGUCAUUUGUUAAGGGUGCUGUGAGUUUGCCUGUUUGCCUCACAGAGUUGCAGUGGUUUAACAGUCAACUCAUCUUCCUAGGUAACAAACCACAAUCCCCAGGGUUAGUUGUGGAGCGGGGAGGAGGCACGACUAUAGGGUGCAGAUGUUGCCUUAUACAGAGAGACCAUUGGUCCCUCCAGUCCAGACAUGAUUGACCAUGUUCUCCAAGCUCUCUACCAGUUCAUUUGAUGUUUGUUGUUGUUGUUGUUAAAAACAGUCAAGAUCUUGAUAAGCUUCAAGGGACGUCAUCUGAGCAGGGUGACCAAAAGGUCAAAGAAUGUAAACAGUAGCAUUAGAGCAAAAAAACCAUUCAAACACACCACACUGACUAAGUCCGCACCAUGCAGUUAUAGCACUCUUAUGCCACAUUAACAGCCAUUGAAUCCUGACCCAACUUUGCUCAAGUCAGUAUGAAGGGCAGUGGCCACUGCUUACAUUACUGAACUUAAGAGCAGAUCAAUUUGUGCAGGAACUAUUUGCAGCAAAAACUGCCAGAGGUAUUCUGGUGUAAGAUUAUUGGUUGAAUUACUCCCUCUGCUGGUAGAUGGUAAAGUGGCUGAGAUUUAUUAUUAUUUUUUUAAGUUGGUCAAACUUGGAAAUGUCAUGCUUAAUUAAAACAUUUCUUUUUACACUUUUUCCAUACAAUUUUAAGGGUACACCCAGUUGAUCACAGAGAGUAGCGGGGCAGGGGAUAAUUUUGGAUAAAGCUUUUGCGCUGAUGCAUGAUUUGUCAUACAUAAAGUUGCCUCACUGAUCAAAUAUUCUCAAAUAUUUUCCAUUGUCAUGAAGUGGGACCUCCAGGAGUCUGUAACUUUCCUUUUCCCAUUCAUUCAUUUCUUAUAUUUCUAUGCCGCUUUUUACUCUCAUUAGUCACAAAGCGGCUUACAUACGAUAAAUAACAACAUAGCAGAACAUCGCAGUUGCAACACAGAUGAUAUACAAAUUGCCAAGUCAUCAAUAAAGUGACCACCUCCUAUAAAACAUUAACAAAACAACGUUAAAAAAAUAGAUAACAGCCCAACCACGAGAAAAGUCAUAUUAUAAAGUUCACAAAGUGCUUACAAUCCACAAAACAGUACAGUGGUACCUCUGGUUAAGAACUUAAUUCGUUCUGGAGGUCUGUUCUUAACCUGAAACUGUUCUUAACCUGAAGCACCACUUUAGCUAAUGGGGCCUACCGCUGCUGCCGUGCCGCCGUCAUGUGGUUUCUGUUCUCAUCCUGAGGUAAAGUUCUUAACCCGAGGUACUAUUUCUGGGUUAGCGGAGUCUGUAACCUGAAGCAUCUGUAACCUGAAGCGUCUGUAACCCGAGGUGCCACUGUAUUAACAACAAUAUUAACAAACAAACAAGCAAAAAACAAACUAAGCAGUGUUGAAUUCACACACUCUCUCUCCCCCCCCCCCACCUCCCCAUGACUCAUAGUCUUCUACUCAGUUCAUCAAAAAGCAGAUUCACAUUAUGGUCACGGUAGCAACCUCCUUCUGAAAUCUCUGAGGGCUCCGAAGGCUGGAGGGUGGGGCAAGGCAAGUGGGAAAAGCCCUUGCCUGGUGGCCAGCACAGAGUCUCCUUCCCCUUCCCAUCCAUGCUGCAGUUGGGUCAUUUUUAGACUCUGAACUUAGCAGUCUUAUGGGGUUGGGGAAUGCCCUUUAGAUGGCCAUGUGCAUUGCCUUGCUUACUCUAAAAAGUGGCAAGCCAGCCCUCCUUUGUCUUGGAGGUAGGGGCUCCUGCUUAUUCCACUUGGUGGGGAAAUGGUACCUUCUGUCCUAACCCCCGGCCCUGCCAGCAACCACAAAUUCCCAUCACUUUCUUUCUGGCCAAUGGAACUGUUCCUGUGCCCAGUCAGCCUGAAUUGGUUACUCAGGAAGACUCCACCUGACACCUCCUCUCAUAUCCUUGGCUGAGAGGAAGGCACAGCACAUGGCUGACCACACCACUAACCCGCUACCAUUCCUCCCCCCUCUUUUUUUUUAGGGUGGCCAAAUUGUAAAAAGGACAGGUUUUUGUAGCACCUUUAAGCAACACCUGUUGAAAUUCUAAGACACAGAUAGAUAAGUCGCCUCUCAUCAUCUUCGAUUUCAGACCGCGUUCUGCAGAAAAGAAAAAAAUAUAAUAAAACACAGAACUGAACUAAAGUAGCAGGUUGGAGACAGCUGCAUAAUCAGCAAAGGGAAGAAAUGUUUUCUUAAAUUUCUGGGUAAAUAAAAAUGUUUGUGCAGCACCUGAAGGGUAGCAAUGUGGGCAUCAGGUGACUCUCUUUAUGGAAAUGAUUCCAUAGCUGGGGCACCUUUGUACAUAAUCAUUAUACCUAAGUAGUUUUUCAAAAGACAGUCCUUUACACACCUAUCUGGGAGUAAGUCCCAUUGAACUCAAUGGGAUGUCCUUCUUAGCAGUAGACAUGUAUAGGAUUGCAACAGAAGGAUGCAAUGCUUUGCCCACUUUUCUUGUAAUAAGCACCAUUGAAUUCUGGGGAUUACUUUUGAGCAGGGUUGCCCUGUUUGUUUCCCCGCAGGAUACAACCAUUUGCACUUGGCAGCUCAGCCUUAAUUAACCUGCCCCUUUUCCCUCCUCGUUUCACAGAGGCUUGGGAGUCGAGAGCAAACCAGAACUGCAGCGAGUUCUGGAGCAUCGGCGGCGGAACCAGCUGAUCAGGCAGAGGAAAGAAGAGGAAGAGGCGAAGAAGUUGAAAUCUCCCUUCGAGCAAGAGCUCCUGAAGAGGCAACAGAAGCUGGAUCAGGUAGGACGCAGUUCUGAAAUCUUGUUGCAAUAAACCACAUCAGAAGUGCAGAGAAAUCCACCCCGUACUUACUCUAAACAAUCACAUGGCGCUCUUCAGUCUUUUCACAAACAACUCUGCAUUGGUAGGUUAGGUGAAGGAUCUGUGGGUUUUUAUGCGCAAGUGCUGCUGUUGAGCUUCAUACCAGAGCAGGUAAACCAUCAGCAACUAAUGUUUUGUGACCAGAGGGCUGUUUCCACCCUUAGCCAUCCCUCUGGGCACCCCAGGCCAGCAUUGGGUGUGGCCAAAAGUGGGCGCGACCAUGUCACCGUCUCACAUGCAUGCCCACACAAGACACGCAGAGGCACGCAGCCAACCCAUGUCUCCCUCCCCACUCAUCAAACGAUCGAUUAGAUCGGUGGCUCCCGAACAUGUUUGGUCCACCACCCCCUUUGUUCCAUAAACUCAUCCCCAGUGGCCCCAACCCUACAAGAAGUGCUAUUCAGAACAGCAGUCUGCAUGACCCGCUCAGGAAAAGGCUUACACAAUAAGAAUUUAAAUCAGUAACAAAUAUGUGAGAAUUUAUGCAGUAUCCACUUAAAACGAUUUAGUUUAACUGAUUCAACAAAAAUGGAUGAUUCAGUCAUUUGCACCUCCAGUGCCCCCCUGCCAUGCCUUUGAUUCUUAGCACCCCACUUCCUAAUCCCACUGCCUGCCCCCUGGAGGCUUAUACCACCCAGAUUGGGAACCGCAGAAUUAGAUCAGAGAAGUGAGGUUACAGGGAACCAGGCAGAGGGCCUUCUCGGUAGUGGCACCUGCCCUGUGGAACGCCCUCCCAGCAGAUGUCAAGGCAAUAAACAACAAUUUUACUGUAUUGUUUUUAAUGUUUGGUUGGAAGCCGCCCAGAGUGGCUGGGGAAACCCAGCCAGAUGGGUGGGGUAUAAAUAAUAAAUAAUAAAUUAUUAUUACUAUUAUUACUAUUAUUAUUAUUAUUAUUAUUAUUAUUAUUAUUACUAUUACUAUUACUAUUAUUACUAUUAUUGUUAAUUUUUAUUGGCUUUAUUAUUAUAUUUGUACCCCACUUUUUCCUCCAAGGAGCUUAAGGUGGCUCCUUUGUAUGCUCCCUACCCUACACUUUAACUGAACGGGCUGCCAAGAUUGAACUGUGUUUUGCCACCAAUCGAAUCCAUUUUUAUUCUUAAACAAGCACCCAGCACUCAGCUCUUUGCCUUGUUGUUAUGCUGGGAUGCACGCCAGCCCCUUUUGCAAAAGCAAGGGGAGCAGCCCAGACUCCCAACCAACAGUAGGAUAACAACCAAUGAGUUUGCCAGGUGACACUUUUCAUGGCAUGGGAAGAUCAGUGUUAUCACCUGCGAAGUUCAGUCUGCAAAUCUUGUUGUCGGAGCCAAUGGCAAGCGGACCCAGCUAAUUCUAGUUUUGUGCCUUUGCUGAGACUAAGCAGGAGGAAGCAGAAAGGUCAUGCCCUCUGUUACUUUGUAAGUAAGAAGACUGACAGAGAGGGCAGUCUGGGGUUGGUGUGGCAGGGGGCCCGUUCACUGGAGCAACUGGCCUUCAUUGGCAAAGGGCCAAACCCCUACUCCCCAGUCCUUGACUUGACAUCGUGCAAUUUACCUUUGCUCAGGACUCACAGGAAUAUGCCUCAAGCUUUCACCUGAUGAUCUGGCUAAACCCUUUCGAUCCAGGUUCUGCCGUCUGUAAUGGGAUUGCAGCCACCAGGCUGCCUAAGCCUCCUGCCCCAGCAGCAGAGCAGCUGCUUUUCUAUCCUGGCUUUAAUCCCCAGAUUUUAACACCACUCACAAGCCCUUCAAUCCCCUUGAAGUCACUGAGAGCUCUAAGCUUGUAAACACCAGUUCAGGAUUUCAAAAUUUUUAAACCAGCCUGGCGAAACAGGGAAGGCAACCAAAACAUUGCGCGUUGCACUCUUACCGGAUAGAGAUCUUAAUUAAAUUUUCGGCAGAGCGCCGCACACAUCUCUUGAAGGCACAAUUAUCAACAUGUUGCCAUGUUCAUCCUUCUUGUUUUCAUUAGCACAGGCUGCUCCCUUCUCUCACGCUAGCUGGUAAUUGCAGACAUCGCUUAGUGGAUGUUCCAUGGCUUGGAAAACGCGUAGCGUGAGCUUAGCUGGAAAUCUGCUGUAAUUAAGCUCUUUUAUUUUUUGUUUUUUUUAAAAAAAAACACAUACCCCAAUACAAUUUAAACGAAAUACUCUCCUCCUCAAGCAUUUAAUUAAGAGUGCUUAACUCCUUUUCUUUUAUUUUAAAGCCUCCUGAUUAUUAUGAUUAUUAAUUACUAUUGUCUCAACUCAACCUGAUUUCAGCAAUUUCCUAAUUAUUCUGGCUUAUUUGCGAUUAAAGCUAUUUGCUAGACAGGCAAAAUACAUGAUCGGAGCAUCCCUUUUUUCCCUCCACUUAAAGCUUUUAGCAGCUGCCUUUCAUUAGAAAAAGGCGGGGGGAGUGUAGGACUUUCAAUGGGAGGACUUUCAAUGGGAGGAGAUCAAAAUGCAUUCUCCCCGUACCUUAGCGGUACAGCAUCUGCUAUACUUGCAGAAGGUCCAAUGGUCAGUCCCUGGCAUCUCCAGGUAGGGCAGAGAGAGACCCUAGUCUGACCCCUAGGCUGGAGAGGGUCUGCCAGUGAGCGUAUACAGUACUAAGCAAGGUGGACCAAUGGGUCUGAUUCCGUAUAAGGAGACUUCCUAUGUUUCCCCCGCUAGAAGUGUGGCAACAUUCCAAGGAGGUUCGUGCUGCUAAUCAGCCUUCCUUCCCAUUCUACAUCCUGUCUUUCUCAAACCAGAGAAGGGGAUUAUUUUGGCAUAGGGUGGCAAGGAGGGCCACCCCUGCAAAGCCAUCCCCCACUCCCCACCAAUGAACCUCCUGUUUGUAGAAACCUCCGACUGGAAUGUAGCCUGCUUGUACAGUGACCCCAUGGACCAGAGCACACCAGGCACUCCUGUCUUCCGCUGCCUCCCGCAGUUUGGUCAAACUCAUGUUGGUAGCUUCGAGAACACUGUCCAACCGUCUCGUCCUCUGUCGUCCCCUUCUCCUUGUGCCCUCCAUCUUUCCCACCAUCAGGAUCUGUCCUUCCAGUGAGCACUCAGGGCUGAUUUCCUUAAGAAUGGAUGCGUUUGAUCUUCUUGCAGUCCAUGGGACUCUCAAGAGUCUCCUCCAGCACCAUAAUUGAAAAGCAUCCAUUCUUCGGCGAUCAGCCUUCUUUAUGGCCCAGCUCUCACUUCCAUACCUCACUACUGGGAAAACCAUAGCUUUAACUAUACGGACCUUUGUCGGCAAGGUGAUGUCUCUGUUUUUUAAGGUAUGCUGCUCUGCAAAUCUUUUUUGGAUGAAGAGUGGGAUUAAAAUAUCUUUAAAUAGAUAAUAAGAGAGAGAGUGCUGGGGGCCUGAUGGAGAGACACGGAGAGCCGCAUUUCCACAUCCCAGCCUGAGGUCUCCCUCCCCUCCCCCCCUCUCUCAACACACAAACACAUACACAGUUUAUUCACGUAUAUAUCCUUCCUUUCUUCUCCCAUCAGUUGGAGAGGGAGCAAGAGAAGCAAGAAGAAAACGCGCCAGAGUUUAUUAAAGUAAAAGAGAACCUGAGGAGGACAUCAACACUAACUGGGGCGGAGAAGGUCGCCUAGCAGAUGGGAGCAGCUGAGACCAGAAUGGAAGAGGAAGACCUUCUCUGCUCACUUGAAUACCUACAUGCUGACAUCUUCUUAUAUGGUGGACAUUCACAGUUACGUCUUUGGGGCUGCUUACUGUUUAUUAACGCUUGCUCCGGUAGAAACUCCCAAACAUGGGCUUUUGCUGUACAUCUAGGAAGGAAUAACAUCGGUGUGGGGGGGGCUGGGAAAGUUUGUGAUGCUAUGCUAGUAGAAGCGCUUGGGUGGGGAGUAAUAAUAAUGGCCUGAGCCUUCCUCUCGAGUAAACAGGCAAUGUUGAUGCCCUAUUCCAUCCCUUGUUAGCUCUGGGCUUAAACCUUGGAGAUGCAACGUGUGGGCGAUGGUCUAUGAAGACUAGGCCGCCAUAUCAAUGCCAGGGCUUCAAGACGCUCAGCAGCAGAAACUAAUGGUUGUAAUAAAUUUCAUGUUCAGUCGAGCUAAUCUUUGGAGUAGCUUGUUGGAAAACCAGAGAAGGGGGGCAAAAAACAAAAGAAACGAAAAAGGGAAGAGGCUAUCAGCGCCAGCUAACCGCUAGAGCUCACUCAGCUACGCUUUUGUCACUUUCUGCUGUGUCGAAGCAACACCCACCCAGAAAACGCAACCAUGUCAAUAAGCGUGUGAGUUUCUGUACUUCACUUGAAGUUCGUGAAAGGCUCCCAGGUCAAAACCCCCACUUGAAACCUCAGAAAGCCACGGCUGGCCUGUGUAGACAGUACUGAGUGACAAGCCAAUGGUCUGACUCACGAUAAGGCAAGCCUCCUAUGUAUUGCACCACUGAGAUGGGGCAGGGGGGCGGAUGUGGUGUCUCUUUGUGUCUAUGAGGACGUAUUGGUCGUCUCUUAGAUUCAGUCGUAAAAUAGCACUCGCGUUUCUUCCUGCAACUUAACAUGUUACUACGGAAAGAGGAGGCCCGGGUUAUAUCAUGCGGUCGGAUGCAAAAACUUCUCAACCCUCGUGCUCUGACAUGGGGAGCAAGGAUCGUAUUCCAGAAGGGGCCUUUAGGAGCUGUGUGGAAGGAAUAAGAAACCAUGCCUACAAAUGCGUUGCUUUCAGUAUAUGGAGGAAGAAAAUGGCGGUCUCAGAGAGACGGGAAGUGGUGGCCUAAUAAGAAUCACAUCAGCUGCAUAGAGAGGGUGAUGGGGCCACACAGAGGCUUGUGUGUGGACUCAGGUCAAUGGCCUAACUCAGGCAUGGCCAAACUUGGCCCUCCAGCUGUUUGGGGACUACAAUUCCCAUCAUCCCUGACCAUUGGUCCUGUUAGCUAGGGAUGAUGGGAGUUGUAGUCCCCAAACAGCUGGAGGGCCAAGUUUGGCCAUGCCUGCCCUAACUAGUCCAGCACCCUGUUCUCACAGUGGCCAAUCAGAUGCCUUAGGCAGGACCCGAGUUCAAGAGCGCUCUCCUCUCCCGUGGUUUCCCCGCCACAGACUUUCAGGAGCCGUACUGCCUCAGACCGUGGAGACAGAUAGCUAUUGUGGCUUGUAGCCUUCACCACGAAUCUGCUGGAUCCUCUUUUAAAAGCUUCUGAGUUAGUGGCUGUUGCUGACUCCCGUGUGAGGGAGCUUCAUGGCUUAACUGCACUGCAUGAAGAAGGAGCAGUUCUAUUGCACAUAAAAGUAAUUCCCUUAUCUUUAUUUCUUUGUUUUAAAAAAGUAGGUCCCUUCCAGCUGUCAGAUCGUAGUUCCUUUCCCCCUCAGUGGUACAACGUGAAUUGGGUGGGGAAUUCUUCUUAAAGCAAGAAACAAAAGUUGAGAAAUAUUUCCCCCACGGAAAAAUUUAGAAUAGUAAUGAGAAGUUGGUUCAAAGAGAGCCUCAAAGUGCCUUCACACAGGAAGGCUUGGCUUGGGACCAAUUAAUCCAUAAUACAACCUCCUGGUAGAUAUUAGGAAUUUGUGUGUGUAAACACUGGGGCUCGCCAUUCCAAAUGUUCUAGAACAAGCCAGGGGCACCACGUCUGAAUGCUAUGCAGAGAUCUUUCUUGGGUAGUGUUUUAACAGCUCCUAGUGAUCUUGUACUAUAUGAGUCAUAAUUCAGCCUAUGCAGAGGUACCGGAAAUUGUGCUUCCCAAAAUGUCUGUUACUUUUCCUCGAAAGCACAUAUUCUUAUUUUUACCCCAAAGAAACUCAUUCUGUACCUACUUAGGUAUACUGUGCUAUAUAAACAUAGUGAUAUCUGUGCACCUGCUGCAUGUAUAUUAUUGCACAUGUUCAUAUUAACAACUUAACUGCCACCAUUGCUUUCUUGGGGAGAGAACAUUUUAUCAAGAAAAAAACCAGAACAAAACCUGAAUUGAUGAGUAAUUGUAUAUUUUGCUAGAUAUUCUAUGAAUGAAAACAGCCGGCUACCAAAAUAAACUGAUUUCGUUUUUCUAA